UUUGAGCUCACUCAGUCUAUCUUCCAAAUUCAGACAUCGUAGAGCCUUUUUCUAUCUCCCAUUAAUGUGAUAAAGCUUGUCCAGGUCCUCAUACCGACUUAUAUAGUUAUGUUAAGCCUCUUUACUCAUCAGGUCUUCCCUCUCGCUUAAUUAAUGUCACAAAUACCAAUAUCAUUCAUUUCAACUACCUUGUUUUGUUUCUCACACAGCUCUCUCUCUCUCUCUCUCUCUGUGCUCUCCCUCUCCCCCUAUAGAUUUUCUUUUGCUCACCUAAUCUCGAAGCUCUGGUUUGAAACUUCAAUGGAGUUUCAUGGCAAGACAUUUUCCCAUGGCCGGCGGCUCUUCGAGCUUCUUGAAGAGCAGCAGGAGCCAUUUCUUCUUGAAGUCUACCUCUUGGAGAAUGGAUAUUCUCGCAAUCUCCUGAAAUCUGAUCAGGCUAAAGCCAAAUGCUGGCCUGUUAAAACCUGUAAGAAGCUUUUUGGAUUCAGCUCCCACGUCAUCAAAACUAGGAGAGGGGGGAAGCUGUUUAGUUGUGUUCUUCCCAAGCUUCUGCACUGGAAGCUCAUUAUAAAAGCUCUGAAUUUGGAGAGCAGGUCUGUAUUGAGCUGCUUCACUGCAAUGGGAAUCGAGGCCAGAGCUAGCCGGUUUAGCAGAUUACUCAAUUCCUGUGAAGAAAUAUUGGACGGUACAAAGCACUGGAAAACUAUGGAAAAUAGCAAGCAACACAGUCCAGUUUCAGUCUUCGAAUUGCAUUCAGAUGAAGCCUGCUCUGCAUACAAUCACUCUAUGGAAGAAGAAAACCUAUCAACCUCAUCUCUGAAUUCAGACAUGUCUGAAGAACCACAAUAUUUUAACUGGUUCAGCAAGCUCCACCAGGAUGAAAAUGGCAGAAAGGAACCUAAAGAGAGGAUUUGGGGCUCUCAUGAUAGCUUGAGUAAUGGCAGAAGAAGUAUGGAAAUGCAGGUAUUUUCCUUGGAAAAGCAUAGAAAGGAAGUUGCCAGAAUAGCGAAAUUGAUAGAUGUGGACCUUUCUGGGACCAGGAAGGAAUGGAGCCAUUUCAAGGAUGGGGGAAGAAAGAUUGGUUUGAAGAUUGAAAGACUCAUCUUUGAAGAGAUCAGAGAAGAGUUAGUUGUCGAAAUGUUUGGCUCUCAUUGCUUAUUGAAAAGUGAUUCUUUCUAAUUCUUAUUGUAUCAGUUAGCAGUUUGCAUUUUUUUUUUUCAUUUGAUCUGCUUCAUUUCUUAAUUGAGCUUUAGAACCUGUUAUGUGAAAACUAUUUUUUCUUUUACUAUAGCUGAAACUCAUUACUAUU